UCAAAAUGCCUUUUAAAAAGUUUAUUAUUAUUAUUAUUAUUAUUAUUAUUAUUAUUAUUAUUCAGUUUGUGUUAGGCUGUUGAUAGGGAGCGAUUGGAGGCUGGAGUCCAGAAAAUGGUCAAGAGAGAAAGCAGGAACAAACUGCCUAGUCAUAAUUUGUGUCUGAGAUGGGCCACAAAUGAUUCAGCAUUUGCUUCCUUCUGUUUGACUAGAAGAUCUUUUCCUUUGAAUCCACCCCCCCACACACACCCGGUUGAUUUUCUUUAUGACACUGGUCGAAGGAGUAUGGUAUUUUUUAGAAAGUAUUAAAAACCCAGAGAGUCUUCUAGGGACUGCUUCCUUAUCCUUUGCAAUGACUGCUCUUUGGGAUGAUAUUUUACAUAAUGACCAGCUCAUUCAGUAUGUGGCCCCAAUUGCAGUGGAUGCAGCACUACUUGAAGGAGUUCUAAUGAGGACCAAAGAUGACCCCAAUGCAUCUGAUGUUGUGAAUUAUGCUCCCUUUACACUGCUCCCGUCUGUAGUAUCAAGCAGUCUUCUUGAGCAAGCCUAUUCAGUUCAACAAGAUUUUAAUCUGCUUGUGGAUGAAGUUAGCCAAAAUACAGCAUUCUUGGAGUCCACUCUUGCUAGUACUAUUAAAGUGGAUGACUUUACAGCACAGCUUUUUAAAAUCUAUAGGCAAGUUUUGAAAGAAGGAGUUACUCAGACAGUGGUUUUAGGAAUCAAUCGCUCUGACUACAUGUUUGAUCAGGAAACAAAUAGCACUCCAGCUCUAAAGCAAGUAGAAAUCAAUACCAUUGCCGCCAGCUUUGGAGGACUCACAUCACGGACCACUGCAGUACAUCGUCACGUGUUGAAUGUUUUGGGGAAGUUCACAGAAGCGUCAAAAUUGCUGACCAAUAAUCCAUCUAAAGGGAUCGCUAUGGGCAUUGCAAAAGCUUGGGAACUCUAUGGUUCAGACAGAGCGGUGGUAAUGUUCUUGGUUGAAGAAACUCAGAGGAAUAUUUUUGACCAACGCUGUGUAGAAAAUGAGCUCUGGAAGAGGAAUAUCCGAGUGAUCCGAAGGAGGUUUAAAGAUGUGUUUGAAAAGGCAUCUUUGGGUAAUGACAAGAGAUUGCAUAUAGAUGGGGAGGAAGUUGCAGUGGUGUACUAUCGAGAAGGUUAUGUGCCAAAAAGUUACAAUAAACAGAACUGGGAAGCACGGUUGCUGUUGGAAAGGUCCAGAGCAGUGAAGUGCCCUGAUAUUGCCACACAGCUUGCUGGGACCAAAAAAGUUCAGCAGGAGCUGAGCCAACCAGGAACACUAGAAAAGCUGCUGCCCAAUAAACCUGAAGCAGUGGCUCGAAUAAGAGCAACAUUCACUGGCCUCUACUCUCUGGAAAUGGAUGAAGAAGGUGAUAAGAUGGUUGCCAUGGCCAUAGCUGAUCCAGAGCGGUUUGUUUUAAAACCUCAGCGGGAAGGAGGAGGGAACAAUCUCUAUGGUGGUGAGCUCAAACAAGUUCUGGAGAAGAUUAAAGACAGUCCUGAGAGGACUUCUUACAUUCUCAUGGACAAGAUAAGACCUCUUCCAGCACUGAAUUACUUGCUGAGGGCUCACAGCCCACUGAAAAUAUCAGAAUGUGUGUCUGAAUUAGGAAUCUUUGGUGUCUAUGUCCGGCAAGGUAAAGAUCUCAUAAUGAACAAACAUGCUGGUCACCUCUUGCGAACGAAAGCUGUAGAACACGCAGAUGGUGGAGUAGCAGCUGGAGUAGCUGUAUUAGAUACUCCCUAUGUGAUAUGAAAACACAAUACCUCCUCAUCACCAGCAUCCUCACUGUGCUUGAAGUGGGACCAGUUUUCUUUGAGGGCAUGAUUGCCAAAUGGUGAAUAAUCAGGUCUACACUAGAAGCCCUGCUCUGUUAUAAUCUUAAGGCCAAAUGGUAGCAAAGUUGUGCUGAUUUUCACAUCAUUUCUUCUAUGUCUGACAGUAAUGAUAACCAGUUGACCUGCAUUGACAACUGCUUCCUGCUUGAUGUACCUCAUGGACCUCUAAUCCUUUUUGUGGUUCUGUGAUGGACAAGAUGUUCUGAACAGAUAUUACAUGGAUAAGACUGUACAAGUUUUUACUACAACUAUCCCCUUAAUCAAGUGCCUGAUUUGCAUUUGACUUGAUAACUAAUUUUCUCUCUUUUCAAUCUACUUGGGGCGGGGAAUACUUCUUCCUGAGUGAAAUGGAUGGUUUUCUUCGCAUUGUACUAGUUCCUGUUCUUACAUUCCUGAUAGACCAACAUAUGACUACAGAAUACAUUUUUUCAGUCAGUUCCCCUUAGACUCUUCAGAUGAUUAAAUACUCAGUAUAUGCCUGGAUCUUAGUUACCAUAAAGAACAUGAGAAGGGUGGGCAGUUUUGCAAUGUAAACUCUAGAGAAGGAAGGGUUAAAAUGCUUGUGACCCUUUGACUGUAGCCGAAUGAGUCUUUAGACUCAUCUUAACUGAAAAUUAAUGUGUCAUUUAUCUUAUGCCAUUUUGAUGAGUAAAUAAUCAGUGCUACAGAGUGAACAAACAUCUCUUUACUGCUUUGUUUUAAGAGAGAUGUGAAAAAUAGACAAGAGAUGUAUUCAUAUUCAAAUCUCAAUAUAUAUUUUAAAAUACAUUCAAUCAAGUAUUCUUUUGAAAGGUCUCAAUUUAUAUUAAAAGUCCAGAAAUUUUAAAGAGAUGGAACAUAAUUUUUGAUGGAACAUGUAAAUCCAGUGUGUGGGGAAGGGGUAAUUGAUGAGGGGGGGGAAGCACAAUUUUAAUUCAACUACUAAUUCUGUAUGAGAGGUUACUUUGGAAUAACAGCUUCUCAGGUAACAUAAGCUGCUUUUUAAGUUUAUGGGAAUUCAUACAACGUGCAGUAUGGUGGGGGGGGGCGGUUCAAGUGUCCGCUGUUCAGAAAAAAACCUGAAUUUUUUUCAUGGUUCUUUAAGAUCACACUUAGUAUACACAGAAAAUUUAUGCCUUUGGAGAGAAAAGGUUUAUGGCUUAAUUAACCACACAAUAUUAAGGACCAGUGAAUACUAGCCAUACCAAAAUCAUCACUAAUGGCUAAAAUGAACUUUGUUAAUAAAAGGGCUCAAUACAUAUUGGAAAAUAUUAGUAGCAAUUGUUUUUCCUUUUUUCUCUUGAUACUUUAUUUCUAGGCUUUUUAUUUCAGCAUCUUAGUGCCCAGCAGAACUAAAAUUCUUCAUUCAUAGUGUAUAUGCAACUUGUUUGCAUAUAGUAAUAGUUGUCCACCUAAGUUCACAUAUACCUCCCCAGACCAGAUAAAUUGCCCUACCUCAAUGGGAUCUACUCACAACAUUACAUUUAUAAAACUUCAGAUGUUCAACUAUAUUCUUAAACUACAAUUUUUGCAUAGAUCCUAUUAUUAAUGAUAUGGUUGCAAGGCAUCACAUAUUAAAACAUUAUAUACAUCAAAAAUCAAUACAAAAAACACAAAAGUAAAUUACAGUAUCUACAACUUCUACCAACCCUCAGUGACAUCACCA